AUGAAAAAAGAAAACUCUGGGCAUAUUCUUGUAGAUAGUUAGUUAUGCGAUUAUCAAUUUAAUACUGCAGAAGCCACUAGAUUGAUUGUCAAAUAAAGGCCUACCAAAUUCAAAUUGUUAUUUUUCUAGGCUUAACACUCUGAGAUAUAUUUUGUUUCAGAAGAUGAUAAAGUGUUAUACAUAUCAUUUCAUAAUGGUAUAUCCCGAGUAAGUAUAGUCGGAAUCUCAUGGUCUAAUUAAGAAGAAACUCCCGGAUACAAAAAAUUGAUUGAAAUGUUUGUCGAACUUAAUAAAGAUUGGUUUCCGUAUAAUUACUCAAAAGAAGAACCUUUAGAUAAAUAAUGCAAGCGUUAUGAAUUUCGAGAAAUAUAAGAGAUUGCUAGGGAAAUUGGAUCCACUCCUUAUACAUUGACUAUGAGCAAUUGUAAUUUUGCAGCCAAUUGGUUAAUCAAAAGGGUAAAUCCAGAAUGCAUUUCAGAAAGUAAUUAUAAAUAACUCUUACAUAUUUUUAGUAAACCGCUAUGGAAAUUGUGCAAUCUUUUGA